AUGGCUUUAACAAAGAGAAAUUUAUUUCUUCACAGUAAAGUAGGCUAAAAGUUCAAAUUCAGGAUGUCUGCUCCAGGGGAAGCCUUUCUCACUCUGUCAACCUUCUCAUCAAUAUUCCCCCAGACUAGGAGCUUCUUUGCCCAGGUACCCUGGGUCCAAAGGACACACUCUGCUCCCAGCACUGCUUUCUUGGUGGUGUGAGGUCCUCCUGUCUCUCUUCUUGCUUCUCUCUUUUAUAUCUCAAGAAAUUACCUUAAGACACAAUCCAGUCUUUAGAUUGAGUCCUGCCUCACUGACACAAGUGCCCCCCACCCACCUUCAUUACCGUCAUAGAGGCAGGAUUUACAAUAUAUAGGGAAAUCACACAAUACUGGAAAUUAUGGCCCAGCCAAAUUGAUACACACAUUUUUGGGGGAAUAUGAUUUAAUCCAUGACACACACACACACACGCACAAUCACAAUAGGACAUGUCAUUGUGAGGCCCCAUAUGCUGAACACUGUACCAGGGGUGGUUUUCAAACUUUAGCAUACAUGAAAAUACAUGGAAGUCUUGUUGAAACACAUAUGGCUGAUCGUCAUCCCAGAGUUUAUCAUCAGUAAGUCCAGAGUGAGUCUGAAAAACUUAUAUUUCUAAAAAGAUCCCAGGUGAUGCUCUUGCUGGGCAUCCAGGAGCCACACGUUUGAUUAUCUGUCAUCCCAUCUUUUCCAUCAGAUUCACCAACAAUAUGGAACCUAGAAACCAAACAGAUGUUUCAGAAUUUCUUCUUCUGGGACUUACAGAGGAUCCAGAACUGCAGCCUGUCUUAUUUAGUUUGUUUCUAUCUACGUACCUGGCCACCCUCCUGGGAAACCUGCUCAUUGUCCUGGUUGUCAUCUCUGACUCCCACCUCCACAACGCCAUGUACUUCUUUCUUUCCAAUCUCUCCUUCGUUGAUAUCUGUUUCAGCACAACCACGAUCCCGAACAUGCCGGUGAACAUCCAAGCACAGAAUCAAAUCAUCACUUACGCAGGCUGCCUGACCCAGGCCUGUUUCGUAAUGAUAUUUACUGGUUUGGAAAAUUGUCUCCUUGGAGUAAUGGCCUAUGACAGCUAUGUGGCCAUCUGCCACCCACUGAGGUACACCAUCAUCAUGAACCCCCACUGCAGUGGCUUGCUCUUCCUACUCUCCUUACUAACUAGCAUUGUGAAUGCCCUACUUCACAGUCUGAUGGUGCUGCAUUUGUCCUUCUGCAUAGACCUGGAAAUCCCUCAUUUCUUCUGUGAACUUGCUCAGAUUCUCAAGCUCGGCUGUUCUGAUACCCGCAUCAAUUACAUCCUAGUGUAUUUUGUGGCUACUGUAUGGGGUGGUGUUCCUCUCUCUGGAAUCAUUUUCUCUUACACUCGGAUUUUCUCCUCUGUUUUGAGAAUGCCAUCAGUGGGUGCAAAAUAUAAAGCUUUUUCCACCUGCGGGUCUCACCUUUCAGUUGUGUCCUUAUUCUAUGGAACAAUCUUUGGUGUGUACGUCAGUUCUGCAUUUACACAUUCUCCCAGGAAGAUAGCAGUAGCUUCAGUGAUGUACAGUGUGGUCCCUCAGAUGAUGAAUCCCUUUAUCUACAGCCUGAGGAACAGAGACACAAGGGGACCCUUGAGGACAUUCAUCAGUAGAAUACUAUCGUAUUAGUGAUUGUGUCACCUGUUUUGGGUUUGGAACUCUAGGAUGGGUCAAAGUGGAAGGAAUGCUGCUGAUCAAGGAUGUCUUACUGUUUCAUGAGCAAGUUCUUCUAAAAUGAUUAGAUAAUAUAAUGGCUAUGUACAUUUCAACUUAUUCACGAUGAGUGAGAAAAUACUGAAGUUGUCAACAAUUUCAUUUUACUUGGAUCCACAAUCAAUGCCUAUGGAAGCAGCAGUCAUGAAAUCAAAUGACAUAUUGCAUUGGCGAAAUCUGCUAUAAAAGACUUCUUUAAUGUGUUAAAAAGCAAAGAUGUCACUUUGAGGACUAAGGUAUACCUCAUCCAAGCUAGAGUAUUUUCAAUCACCUCAUAUGCAUGCCAAAGCUGGACAAUAAAUAAGGAAGACUGAAAAAGAAUUGAUGCCUUUGAAUUGUGGUGAUGGUGAAGAAUAUUGAAUAUGCCAUGGACUGCCAGAAAAUGAACACAUCUGUUUGGAAGAAGUGCAGCCAUAGCACUUACCUUCUAUGGCCCCAGGGUUUCCAAUAGGGUCUGUGAAAAAGAGGAACACCUUCAAUGAGAUGGAUUUACACAGUGGCUACAAGAGUGGGCUCAAACAUAGCAAUAAUUUUGAUGAUGGUGCAGGACCAGGCAGUAUUUUAUUUAUUGUGCGUAAAUGACUUGAUGGCACCUAACAACAACAACACAUUUCAACUUGGAGUUGAAACUUGGUUUUUCUCUUUAUGUAGCUCUGUGGUGUUUGGUAAACUCUCUAAGCUCAGUUUUUUUGGUCAGCUGCCAUAAAAGCAGAGCCUGAGGCAGGUGUUCUUAUUACAUGAUUUUGGGGGCAGUGGUCUGGGAAAGAACGAAAACAGGAGAACGUGGAUAGGGCAGGGAUAUUAUGUAAACAGAGUCGUGGUCAUAGCUAGACACUCGAUUCAGCCUGAUUCUAUGAAUAGAGAAAUACGAUUGGAAAUCCAGACUUAGCCUGCCUGUGAGGCAAGAGAGCUCUUUUUUCAUGUCCCAAUUUAGUAAUCACUGAGACAUAUCACUGGUAAGCCAUAUUUGUUGGAAGCAGCAUCAGUAUCCACAAUACUUACAUCUACAGAAAUGGCUAACUAGGUUAUCUCAAUUGGCUCGAGAUAAUUUUGAGAUAUUUGAGCUUCCUAAGUGUGGAAGCUUUCAGUUCUAAUAAGAAAAUAUAAACUCUGACUCUAAUAUGCUCAAACUAUAAAGUUAUUUCUGAUUACCAGGAAAAGACUUCAGAGGUAGAGAACACACAAGAACAGGAGAGAAACACUUUAUUUAGUCUCCCAUAAGUGGCUUCAUCCUAGAAGUUGUUCCCCUUGCGGUCUCCUGAUUACUACAACAGAUGCAGGUGUCAUAUCCACAUGUGACGCCCAGAGUGAGAAUCCUUACUGUCCUUCCCUGGAUCUUAUAUUAACACACUUUUCCAUGGAGUCAACAAGUGACGUUCCUUCCCAUCUCAUUACUGAGAGUAGAAUCACAGGCCCCUUUUUAAUCUAAUUCCUGGUAUGGGAAAAAAAAAAAAAAGAUUACCGUGAGAACCUUAGGCUGAUGAUUUGAAGUAUAAUUCCUGCUGGGGUGUUAACCCCUAUGACCAAAAGGAGUACCUAUCAAAAAUGCCUGGCACCAUGGUAAAUGUUCAGUAAAACUUUAAAUGGUCAUUGUAGUCCAUGUCUAGAAUCGAUGAUACUGAAGGAAGAAGUUCAAGCAGCACUGAAGGUACUGGUGAAAAACAAGGCUCCAGGAAUUGACGGAAUACCAGCUGAAAUGUUUCAACACAUGGAUGCAGUGGCGAAAGUGCUCACUCGUCUACACCGAGAAAUUUGGAGGACAGCUACCUGGCCAACUGCCUGGAAGAGAUCCAUAUUUAUGCCUAUUCCCAAGAAAGGUGAUCCCACAGAAUGAGGAAAUAAUCGAACAAUGUCAUUAAUAUCACACAUAAGGAAAAUUUUGCUGAAGAUCAUUCAAAAGCAGCUACACCAGUAUAUUCACAGAGAACUGCCAGAAAUUCAGGCUGGAUGCGGAAGAGGACAUAGAACUGGGGAUGUCAUUGCUGAUGUCAAAUGGAUCCUGACUGAAAGCAGAGAAUAUCAUAAGGAUGUUUACCUGUGUUUUAUGGACUAUUCAAAAGCGUUCUUUUGUGUUGAUCAUCACACAUUAUUGAUAACAUUGUGAAGAAUUGGAAUUUCAGGACACUUAACUGUGGUGAUGAGGAACCUGUACAUGUAUCAAGAGGCAGUAAUUCAAACAUAACAAGGGGAUACUUCAAGCAUUAAAGUCAGCAAAGGUGGGCAUGAGGGUUAUAUCUUUUCAUUAUACUUAUUCGAUCUGUAUGCUGAGCAAAUAGUCCAAGAAGUUGGACUAUAUGAAGAACUGAGCAUCAGGAUUGGAGGAAGUCUCUUUAAGAGCCUGUGAUAUGCAGGGGUGACACAACCUUGUUUUUUUAAAAUGAAAAGGACUUGAAGCACUGAGGAAGAUCAAAGGCUACAGGCUUCAGCAUGGAUUACAUCUCAACAAAAAGAAAACAAAAAUCCUUACAAAGGUAAUAAUAAACAACAUCAGGACAAACAGAGAAAAGUUUUUUGAGGUUGUCAAGGAUUUCAUUUUACUUGAAUCCACAAUGAAUACCCAUGGAAGAAGCAGUCAAGAAAUGAAAAGACACUUUGCAUCGGGCAAAUGUGCUGCAAAGGACCUCUUUAAAGUGUUAAAAAGCAAAGAUAUCACUUUAAGGACUAAGGUGCACCUGACCCAAGCCAUAGUGUUUUCAAUCACCUCAUAUGCAUGCAAAAGCUGAACACUGAAUAAGGAAGACUGAAGAAUUAAUGCCUUUGAGUUAUGGUGUUGGUGAGGAAUGCUGAAUAUACCAUGGACUGCCAAAAGAAGGAACAAAUCUGUCUUGGAAGAAGCACAGCCAGAAUGUUCCUUAGAAUUGAGGGUGGUGAGACUUCAUCUCACAUACUUUGUACCUCCUAUUGGCAAGGACAUCAUGGUUGGUAAAGUAGAAGGCCAGUGAGAGGGAGGAAGACCCUUAAUGAGAUGGAUUGACACAGUGGCUGCAACAAUGGCCUCAAGCAUAGCAAUGAUCUUGAGGAUGGCUCAGGACUGGGCAGUGUUUUGUUCUGUUGAACAGAGGGUUGCUAUGAGUCAGAACCAACUCGAAGGUACCUAACAGAAACAACAACAAAAUCUGAGUAAAAUAAUCAAGUGAGUAGGGUAGGCAUUGCAAAGUUUGAUAACCUUUCUCUUGUACUUAAAGCUUGAUAACCUUUCUCUUGUACUUUUUUGCUUUGAUUCCUUCUCGCUGAUUUAUUGAUAAGAAUACAUCUGAGUUUUUGCUUUUCUAUUUAGUCACCACAUCUUGCUGUGUUUCUUACUCAUGUGGAAGCCACACACAGAAACAUAGUUGAAUAAUAAGAAAUCGCUGAUGUCUUAGAGGGUUGGCUGUAGUCUCAGGUCUCUCAAGAAAACCUUUUAAUGUUUCUUUGGAAAGAAAACAGUUUUUCUAUGAAGAAGAACUUUACUUUGAAAAGGAGUUGUAAAUAUGGUGGGAGAAAAGGGAAGUUGGCAGGGCUAGGGGGACCACAUUUUCCACAAACACACACACACACACACAAAGGGGGGCCAUCAGUGAGAAUCAUCUCUAAGGGUGUGGGAGGAGAAUAAUGAAGGUCUCACAGGAAAAUCAAGAAGCUCUUGAGAGCCUUCUAUUCUGGUCAUCACUGGGGUGAAGGAGGGAGAUUGUUUUUAGCAAGCUGGAGGACUAAUCCUUACCCUGACUCAAGGUAUCUUCUAGUGUAGACCUCCCUCCAUUGACAUCCACAGAGCACCUUCAGGCAUGCAUCACCUGAGACCCUUGUUCAUACUGCAGGGUCAUGGACGCUAUCCAAAAAACACUGACUUUGAAUUUCUGGGGAGAUGCCUGAAGGAUGAGAUGAUGAAAUAAAUACUUCUGGAAAUUCUUAUGAACUCUGAGGUCUGAGUAGGGAGGUGCUAAUAUUAGAAGAACAUGGGAGAAUGUAUUUAUAAUAUAGAAUAUAAAAGGACUUUCCUCAAAUUUACUUUGUAUAAUAUCUAUAUAAACUGUACACCAAGGUUCAUUUCAGCACUUUUCACAAUAGCCAAAAGGUGGAAAAAACUGAAAUGUCCAUCAACAGACAAAUGGAUAAACAAAAUGUGGUAUACCCAUAAAGUGGACUAUGACUCAGCCAUAAAGAGAAAUGAAGUUUUGACGCAUGCCAUUACACGGAUGAAUCUUGAAAACAUCAUGUUGAGUGGAAUGAGUCAGUUGUAAAAAGACAAAUAAUGUAUGAUCUCAUGUAUAUGAAAUGAGCAGAUAUACAGAAAAGGAAGA